AUGUCGUCAAGAGGUAUCGAAGCCAUGGCUGAAGAUUCAUCCCCUGACAACAUCUUGAGUGAAAGUAUAGCAACACCUGGUGUAGAGGCUGAAAACGGACAAGCAGUCAGUAUCGCUGAUGAUGUGGACAAUAUACCAUGUGCUGUCGCAAACAUGGAACGGGAUGACAUGGCGUGUGGCACAACAUCAGGGAACAUUCGUCACACCCAAACGAACAAGGGAAUAGAUAAACCUUUCCAUGGGUCAGUUGAAUGUGAUGUCGUCCAGCCAUAUGCUGUUAGAUACGAGGUAAAUGAUGUUGCAGCUGAAAACGGACAAACAGCCAGUAUCGCUGAUGAUGUGGACAUUAUACCAUAUGCUGUCGCAUACAUGGAACGGGAUGACAUGGCGUGUGACACAACAUCAUCAGGGGACAUUCACACCCAAACGGGACAGUUCUUGCAGACACAAACAGCGGCUCCAAACAGCACCAAUGAUGUCUUGACCAGCCCAUCGAGCAAUGAUGGAAAUGCCUCUGAUGUUGUCAAUGAGGAAAGGCAACAUGCCCCGAAUGCGCUUCAUCCGAAUCCGAUGUACGUUCCAAACGUCCAGCAUCCUAAUAUUCUGGAUACGAUUUUAUUGCUAAUUGCAGAAAACUAUCUACAACCGGCAGCGACUUUGAAUGCUACCAACUUUAGCCCCACAAGAAAGGCAGUCUCCAAUACCGAAAAAGAUGAAGAAAAUCAUGACAGAAACAUACAGAAGAUCACUUUUGGUGAGAGAGGAAACGGACCUGGAAAGUUCAACACUAUCUCCGGAGUAGCUGUGUCAGCUGACAAUGAGAUAUUUCUGACUGAUCAUAUUAACAAUCGGGUCCAAGUCUUCAGCAUAAACGGUACCUACCUGCGCCUCUUCCCAACGUUAACGGCAGUACCGGGUGAGGCUACGAAAAUUUAUCCUGUCAGUGUUGCUGUUGAUGUAAACCCUGGCUACCUGUGGGUAGUGGGGAGUAGAGUUCCAUAUCAUCCUCAUUCACAUGUCGUACAGUACCGUAGGGACGGACUGCCCAUUAAGACUUUUAACGUACGCUUCACGAGUCGUUUUCCCUAUCCCAGCAUUGCGAUAGACGUGCGCAACAACAAAGUUAUCGUGGGAGAGGGACAUACAAUAAUGAUGUUCCAACCGAAUGGCUCACUUGUUCGGAGUUUUGAAGUGUUCAACAAAGAGGUGACUCAUAAACGAGUCGGCGGAGUCGUAUCGGACAUGAAGGGGAAUAUCCUUCUUGCAGACUCCUUUACAGGCAUUGUGAAGUACAGUCAUUCUGGAGAGAGGAUAUUGGAAUUCGGAGAAGACCAAUUGCUUGUCCCCAAAGGUAUGUGUGUGGGCCUCUUGGAUCGCAUCAUCGUGGCAAACAAGGCCAACAACAGGGUAGACAUGUUCACAAGUCGCGGGGAGUUUGUCCGUACUGUCGCGAACAUGAAUGACCCGUGGGGUGUCGCCAUGGGACCUGAUGGACAGUUGGUGGUAACUGACAUUUUUAACGCCACUAUAUUUCCACGCCACAUGGUGUUUCCUUGAUACUCCAUGAUCCAACGUAGAGCGUGCCGUAUUAUCCUGGGUUCCCAGACACAGAUGCCUACCACCGACUCGGUCCCAAUCCCUACAUGGUCACAUUGGUCAAUAAAAAGCACAAAUAGGUACGAAAUUUAGACUAAAAUGAUUUUUAUUCCAUCGUCGGACACUCACAUUCUAAAGGGAAAGAAAGAUUGAUGUAUGUA